AUGGGACAUAUUGAUGGCUGUAGUGAGGCAGUGUGGCUCCCCACCGCCCCGGAGAAGGAAGAGCCCAUCCGGCGGCCGGAGUGGGUGGAGCUAGGGAGCUCUGAGCCCGCACCUCAGAGGGUCAGGCAGCAACCCGGAACUAUAAAGGCAGGCCCUCAGAGCCCAGUAGGAGCCCAGCCGCUGGAGAGAGCAGACGUCCCCAGUGGAGCCCGCGACUGGGAAGCUCCUGUGGCCCGAGGCAGCCGCCCAGACUGGCCGAGCCUCCCCCGCGCCAGCUAUCCGAAGGAGUUGCCAGAUCUGCCCCGCGCCAGCUAUCCGGAGGAGUUGCCGGACCUCCCCUGUGCCCGUUAUCCAGAGGAGUUGCUGGGCCUACCGAUCAACCCCUGCCCCAAAGAACCCAUGCUCUUGGAUCCCCCAGAGGCCAACACCAGGACCCAGAUCCACCCCUUCAUCUUAAUUAAGAAGUCAUAAAAGAAGCUUUUCCCUCACACAGAGCUUCCAAGCAAAGAAAUGCAGCUCUACCGACA